AUGAAUGCAUUAAGAGGAGCUGCUGCUUGGAUCAAGAGAAGCCAGGCUGGACAGCUUUUUGAGCUAAGGAUCCAGGAAACAGCAACUGAAAGUUUGUUCCAGGAUCUCCUGCAAAUUUUGAAAAAAGUUUCACAUGAAAUUGAUGUGACAUACAAGGAUGCCAGUACGUUGGCACACCUAGAUUCACGUUUGCUACUGCUGUCCGAAUGUUUUCGAUGCCUUCGGAAUGCUUGCGUGCAGUGUGCAAAUAACCAAAAUGUUAUGAGGAACUUGGGUCUGAUUGAUGCAUCUAUCCACGUGAUCCAGUUGCUACAGAAGUUAGAAACUGAUCUGGAAUCACUCUUGAUAGCUUUUCGUUGUAGCCUCCAGUUUCUUGGAAAUAUUGCGACAGGAAAUCGUGACUCCCAGAAUUCAGUUUGGAAGCUUGCUUUCCCUUCUCUUUUCUUGAAUUGUUUAAAUCAUCAGGAUGAGAAAAUCAUUGAUUAUUGCUCUAUGAUUCUUUUCACUUGCCUUAAUCCUGAGCGAACAGAACAACUACAGGAACAAAACAACUUGAAAAUUGCUCUUGGUGUUCUUCAAGCUUAUAGAAGAUCCCCAGAAUUGGAAUGGAUGACCUUGAUUGUUACCAACCAUUUGCUGAAGUGCCCCGAGUUGGUCAAAGCCCUCUAUGCCAAACUGAGCAAUCAAGAAAGGACUGCCUUGUUAGAACUAAUUCUGUCAGAAAUGAAGGAAAAUCAUGUCGUUAUUGGUGAAGAGAUGGCCACCUUUCUUGCAGUGUCUUUUGAAGAGAAGUGUCAAUCAGUGCUGAGAUUGGUUUCUGCCACAAAUGAGGACGAGGAAGCACUGGUUACGAUUCGUCUUCUUGAUGUUCUUUGUGAAGUGACAUCAAAUCCUGGAGAACUGCAGUCUUUGCAAGCUUGCCCUGGUUUGCUUGAGGUGGCUAUCAGCCUCUUGCAGCUUGUACAUCUUGCUGGUAAGCAGACCGCAAACAUCUUCACAGCUUCUUAUUCAACAGAGCAGGAAGAAAUUUCCCAUCCUGCUGUGGGCUUUAAAUCACAUCUGAUUCGUCUGAUUGGAAAUUUAUGUUACAAGAAUAAGAGUAAUCAAGACAAGGUAUAUGAGUUAAAUGGCAUCCCACUGAUCCUGGAUAACUGCAGCAUUGAUGACAAUAAUCCUUUUAUAAACCAGUGGGCGGUUUAUGCCAUUCAUAACCUCACGGAAGAGAACGAAAGGAACCAGGAAUUCAUUGCUCGGAUGGAGCAGCAGGGCCUGGCAGACAACCCGGUCCUUGAGAGCAUGGGGCUGGGAGUUGAGCCGAGAGGUCAGAAGCUUAUUUUAAAAUCUGUCAAACAGAUGCCCGAUCCAUAAGUCGCUACCUGCAAAAGGCUUUUCACCUGUCGCAAAAGAAAUACAUUUUGUUCUAGAUGUGAGAUCAAUUAAAAGGUCAAAUGAACUUUUAAGCAGUGUUUUGAGACUGUUUUUUAAAAUGAAGUCAAAAGCAUCCGUUGGUGUUACGCUGCUGGAAGUCCUUGAGUCAGGACAACGAAUGUGGAAACUGCUGUUUGUAGCUCCGUGGGCUCUAGUUUUCUACAGUCAAAAGAUGUUCUACUGGUAACACAAUACAAUUGCUAAUUGAUGAGGUGCUUGUAUUCUGUCUCACAUGUAAACUGCAUCUGCAUAACCACUCUCUCUUCCCCUCCUUCCCUCCUUCCCUCCCUCCCCCCUCUUAUCUCUUCCCAAAUUAAUCCUACAUUGGUUUAGCCCCUCUGUGGCUCUGAUGAAGGGAGCUGCAGCUUUCUAAGGCUUCUGCCUUUUAAGGAAAGGUGUUAGUCGGAAAAGGUGCUGCCAGAUUCCUUCUGAAGUUGGGCUGCAGUAGAUUAACCCAGCUGUCUUCCUACAAUGCCCACUGGUGGAGUGAGAAACAUGAACACAAACGAAGAUCUCUUCAUCCUUUCCAGAGUGAACAAAAACACACACAACGAAAAUUGUACCAGAUCUACAACUGUUUGUGGCUUAAGGAAAGGAUGUAUGCUUAACUUCCGCGUAAGCUUCCCCCAAGUCUUUUCCGAAGGAGUGGGAGGCGUGUAUCCCACAUGCCAAAAAUGCACGGUUCCUUCCCUUUUCUCCCAUUUUGCAAAAGACUGGGAAACAGAAAUAAAAGAAGUUGGAAUCACUUGUGGAUUUUUUCAUUGCCAUUUAGGCGGGUCUAAAACCUGCUGCCUGAAGGAGCGAAACGCGCCCUAGUUCAUUUCUCAGUACUUAUUUGACAAAUGCCUAUUUCUUCUGCAAAAAUACAAGAAGUUUAAUGUUGUUUUUAAAACAGAAUAGCAAUAAGUACCACUUGCAUCUGGUGGGUAUUACUUAUCUUUUCCAAAGGGAGUUAAGUACUGAAACUGUGUUGUAGCAGGCAGGCGGCUCGGUGGCCUUAUCUGGUUUUCGAGAACUGGAUGCUUGUUUGAAUUUUACUAGUUUCCUUGGUAAGGAAGCCCACUUCCCCUUUUCUUAAUUUUUGCUUCUCAUGGGCUGUUUCUGAACUCUGGGAGUCUUAAGUGGUAGUUUCUCACUGUGAUUAAUUCUACCCAUUUCUUUUCACCCGCUGCCUUUCCAAAACAUUGACAAAACCCAUUUCCAGUUAAUUAAUUCAAGAGAGGCAGAAGAAUAGAAGCUCCCUCUCUUAUUUUGGAUACCCUUCUGCAUUGUUACUGAACUCAGCCACUUUGGGAGGGGGGGUGAAUGAAUUGGGUGGAGGAGGCAGUGGUCAAUUAACUUCCCAUGCCCCAAACUGGUUGCCUGUAGUUUUUUGUUCUUGUUUUUUUUAACUGAUUUCAUAUAUCCAGUUUUGCAGUCGAAGUACAGACCUGUGUUCUGAAAACGAAUCUUGUUCAAGCUAAAGGUUAUUUCAAGAGAGAGAGGCUUUUCUCCCCCAUCCCCAUUCUGUAUACACUAGGAUGUACAUGUGCUGUAAAAUACAGUUACUUUUAAAUAGGACUGAUUACAUUUCUGGUUUAAAAUUAACUUCCUGCAAAUAUUCCUUCACUCUCCUAAGUAAAACAGAAAAGAAACCUGGUUUAUCAAAAUAUACAUACAAUAUAUUCUUUGAAGAAUAGUGUAUUUUGUAGGAUUAUUUUUAUAGAUGUUAUAUAGAUAUUGAUGUGUUGAUAAUGUUCUAAGGGUAGUUUGUGUGUUUGCAGAGUUCUUAGGCCAAAUGUUCUUAAACUCUCCAUGACUUUGGGCCCAGUUCCACGGAGGGAAUUACUUCUAACACUACCUCGACAGGUACCACUUCUGAGUGCUUGCAACAUGCAAGACAGACAAAGCUCCAAUCUACUUUGUAUUUGAAGAUGCCCCCCUGAAGAAGCUGCUUCUUACAAAACCCUGAGCCCAAAUCAAUUCUGAAGGCUGAAAUGAAAAUGCAAGGUAUUAAAAUGGUACGCCUAAUGUCUGCCCAGUUUAAGAAGAAUGUUGAAAACCGGCUUUCCUCUUUUGGAUGCCUGGUUUCAAGGAAGGAUGUCUGGGAAGGAGAAAAGCAGUAAUAAAUGAACGGGGGGGGGGCAGUGUUUUGUGUUCUGGUUUGUUUUGAUUUGGUUAUUUGUUGAUGAUUGUAAUGGAUAAGAGGUGGAGAUCUGAAAGGGUGACCUGAGGCUUUCGUAGUGGAAAACAUGCUGAUUACUGUAUUGAGAGUGGCUGCCUUUUGAUUCUCCAGAAUGGGCGAAUUCUCUGAGCACAAGGGCUUCCCUGUCCCUCCCCAGCGAGGUUCUGUCUUGAAAGGGCUGUGUUUUCCAUGCUAGAGGAUUAAAACAGGGCAUCCAUGGGUGAUUCUGAAAAGCUUUUCCGAGUCUGAAAGGAGAGCGUAGUUGGCUCAAGUCUUGUGGCAAUCUGAUGGCUUUCAAGAGCAUGUAAACAAAAGCUUCUCCCCCUUUUCUUUAAGAAUCAAUGAGGGUUGGAUUUUCAUGACAAUGGCCGCUGAAUUCUCGUGGGUGUAAGCUUUCAUUUGCGAAGAGGAAGGUAUGAAUCCAUUCCAGUUGAAUUGGAUGCUGUGCUUUUUAGUAGCUCCUGAAUUGCUCUGGCUUUUGUGUGUGUCAUAGACCAAGCAAGGUGUCUCGCCAGUGGAGAAAUUUUAGAGAAACCCUGCUAAUGAUUUCUGGUUGGUUGGUUUAGAGACAUCGUUGAUUCUUAAUUUUUUUUUUCUUCCUAGCGUUUUCCUACAUAUGC